AUGGACCAAAUAAAGGUCAAACAGGAGCCGGGGAUCAACGGCUCCGCCACGAAAAAGAGCCUGACAUCUCCGCUGAAAGUUAGUAGAGAAUGUAAAAGUAGUUCAAGGCCAGCAACUUCUACUUCCAUUAACAGAAUGCAAAGUAAAAUUCCGAUUGGUAAAACGCCAAUUGUUGUCAAACAGGAGCAAAUAGGUUCUGGUAGGAACAGCAAGCACAAGCACAGCAGUAGUUCGGGUAGCAAUGUUGGGAGCUCUAACUCCGAAAAAGGGUCUAGCUCUAAACAACCAAAGUUGCAUAAAAACGUAGCAAGUAAUAAAAAGAUUCUUGAAUUCAUGGUCGAUGUUCCUGAGCUCACUGAUGCAAUGCAUAAUGAUGAUAGUAGCAAAUUUUCCAGUCCUUUCAAUAGCAGAGUUGACACUGCUGGAACCAAUUUGACGUUUCUAACAAAGGGUAAUACAGAAGUUGACGAAUUCAAGAAUGGGCUAGAUCAAGGCUUGAAACAUUUACAUCAGAACGAUAACAUGGUAGCAGAUUUGAUGAAAGAAAAGGGAAACUAUAACAUCUCAAGACUUCAAUUUAGAGAAUCAAGUGAUCAAGGUGAUAGUGGUGAUAAUCUGAGCUUCAUUUCUUCACCUUGUGUGGAGAGGAAGAUAAAGCAAAAAAGAAAAAUUUUUGAAGAUGAAGUAGAGUCUACAAAGAAACAGAAGUUGAAUAUCUUUAAUAACUCUGGAAGAAAGAUUAGCGAUAGCAGAGAUGAUAAGGAGAACAGCUUCAACUCUACCAAUGCUACAGAUGGAUCUGAUGAGCCAGUUCCGGAUACCACCAAAAGACCUAGAACUCCUACAAAGUAUAUCGUUGACGAUAAACCAAUUUAUGAGUAUAUGGAAGGAGAAGAUGAAAUCUACUACGAAAUUAUGGGGAAAAAGAGCAGAGAGGAAGAACUAGAUAACAACGAGAAGCAGUUUUUUGAGUUUGUUCAUAUGAAUUUCGAUCAAUGGAGCGAACAAAGCACCAGCUUUAUCAAAGAAUAUGACGCUUUGAUGAAACGGGUGAUCCUGGCUAGACUGAAAUUUGACAAAAGAGUAAAAUUCUUGAAGGAUAACCUCGACACAUUUGCUUUGAAUCUCGAAAAAUACGGAACGGAGGUCAAUAAAAGAUCAGAGAUCUUAAAAGAAUACUGCAGCAAGAUUGUAGAUGAGAUUGACUGA